AUGCAUAAAAUGACUCAAAGAUUUAUAAUAGAAAUACCAGAACAUGAAUACAUGGAUGGAAAGGUGUUCUAUUUGAUAAGAACAACAAAUAUUGAAAACAAUUGUACAAAAGAAGUGAGAAAGAGAUAUUCAGAAUUAGAGCUGAUUCAUUUGAGAAUACUAGAUUGGAUUAAUAUUUUCAAAAUACAAAUCCCCUUACUCUAAUUUCCUAAAAAAAAAAUUCUAUUCUCCACCAACAUAUCAGAGGAAAGCGUAAUCAAAAGGAGAUUGGAAUUAUAAAUAUACUUAAAUGAGAUAUUCUAACAUCAGGAUCUCUAUGGACUUGGAGCUCUUUAAGAAUUUUUACCUAUAGUUAAGAAUCCAAAUAUAUAGGAAUCAAAAAAUGCGAAAUCUAAUAUAAAUUGGUAGGAAAUUGAAGAGCUAAAAAAAUCAUAUUUAGCCAAACAUGAAAGUGAAGUCAUUUCUUUGACUUAGUCAAAAUUAUUCAAUUAAAACAAAUAAUAAUAUACGUUUAAAUUUGAAGAUCACAAAAUUCAAGAUCAUUCUGCAAUCUAUAUGAUAUCAAUUAAUGAUCAAUUAACAGGCAAGAACUGGAAAUUUAGUUAAAGAUAUAAAGAUUUAAGAGAAUAUCAUCAUUAGUUAAAGAAGCUGAAAUUACAGUUUGAACUACCGGAAUUUCCUGAGAAGAAAUUCAUAAAAUUAGACGAUGAUUCUGAUUUAUCUGAUAGAAAGAGAGAUUUGGAGAAUUAUUUAAAUUAAAUUUUUAAAUAUCCAGAAUUAGUUUAAAGUGAUGUUAUGGUGUUCUUUAUUGCCAAAAGUUAAUUAUAUUGCAAUGAAAUUGGAUGCAGAUCUAAUGACUAAGCAAAAAAUACAUUAUAAUUUUCAAGAAUCAAAAGUAAAUCCAACAUAACAUCUCCGAAUGUUGAAUAAGAAUCGAAAGUUCCUCGAAAAAUAACCUGUUGA